AUGCGGGAUAUCUAUGCUCGCGCACAGCGAGUGAUCGUGUUCUUAGGCGAUGGGUCCUACUUCCGAAUCCCUCAAGACUAUGCAAAGUCUCCACCACCUGCUCCCAUGACAUUCUCAACGUUUACCCAGGAUGCCCCAUUGAUAAGCGAUUUUCACAACAAUUGGGAGACGCUGUGCCGGCGUCCAGAAUGGUACUCGUUUUGCGCAAUCUGUGUCCUUCGACUUCUGGAAGACGUGGACGGCUACAGCGAUACAUUGAACUGUAUUGCAACCGGGAAGGCCUCUUCAAAAUUGAGACUUUUUGAGCUUGUCAGACAGUUCAUGAAUAGCCAAUGGUGGCAGCGUGUCUGGGUCGUUCAAGAGGCCACUGUUACAUCUGAAGUUGUGAUUCAGUAUGGGAACGUCAGGAUCCCAUGGCCGAUGCUUGCUACGGCAGCAGGUGUCUGUGAGAAACUAGGAUGGGGUCGACAUGAUGUGGGAUCUGAGUCUUUUCUGGGCAUCGAAAGAGAAUACGCCAAGGUGCUGCCACCAUUCGCAAGACAGGUCUUUGAGGUUGAGAGGUCGAGGAGGGAGUGGAAAACCCGAAAAGGAACCGGGUUAUUGUCUCUCCUACAGGAGUUUUCCGGCCGCAAGGCCACCGAUGACCGAGAUAAGGUCUUUGCGCUACUUGGCCUCGCAAGUGAUAUCAGAUCCAUCAAGCCGAACUAUUCCCUCAGCACAGUCCAGGUCCAUCGACGCACUGUUAUUGAUCUGAUCAAACACAGCGGCACUCUAAUAGCACUUUCUGGCGACAUGAAACGGAAGAACAGCCGCGAUAUUCCAUCCUGGAUUCCCGAUUGGAGUGUUGCAAUUGAAGAGCCAGAUCGUCGCCGCAUGCAUGUUGAGGCAGCACGCAAGAUCUCUCCACGCUGGGAGAUUCAACUCGUCGAAAGUGAGGAAGAAUACUGGGAACGGGUGGCCAUAAAUGUGAACAUACUUCACGAAGAAAUUGAGGCAGGGAAAAGAAGACCGCUACCCGACGACAUCGUGGCCAGCCUGAUUUCUUACGAGACGAUACUCAGGACAAGAACUUAUGGAUCAGAGUUAAUGCUUGAAGAAACUCUCGACUCUUCGCAAGAAGAGGCGAUCCAGUUGUGCAAAGUGAUGUACACGGAGUUCAAAGAAAACGUUACAAAGUUUUGGCUGUCGACACCAAUACGGAGAUUUAUCAAAGCACAUCUUGCCCUGCCACUUACCCCAUCAUCGGGAGAGUAUUACAGAAUGGACAUCAUCAAGUGCUGCGCCAAGAUAUACUGCUCAAAGAUCCUGGACUUGUGGGUUCAAAGGUUACGGGAACGAUACAAUACCUUACUCGUCUCUUAUGAAGAGCAAGAGCGUAUUGUGUGGGACCAUUACUGGUAUUUCCCUGAUGGUUGGACUUGGGACGAAUACAUACGCAUGACAUUCCCGACACUGGUGAGAUCUUAUAGAAACAAAGUUUACACCAAAGGCGAGCUGGCCGAGUCGGAGAUACUGAGUUUAUUAUCAACCCCAUCAGAAGCGACAGCCUUCCUUGAGAGGGAGCGAGUCUUCAUAGAUUCUAUGACCUUCACCGACCCCCAGACGAACUCAGGUGGUAUAGGAACAUUUGAGUCACUUCCUGAGCUGGUAAAUCUAUCCUCGGAAGUCCUGAACCUCCGGACUGGUACAGACAUCUUACAGGCCGUACAGAGAGUCAGAUAUGCUUGUAAGGAUCUCAUCAACUCAGCUCACAAUAACGUGAUCGAUCCCGAGCUUGACUAUACAACGCUAUUCUCAACAUCCGUUGUCUUCCUUGAAUCUUCGUCAUGGAUGCGCUGUCUGAGGGAUAAUAGGCCUCAGAAGUUCGAUUUCGACGACCAGAUGUUCUUGGAGUCGAGGCGGCAAAGGCAACGUGCAGUACUCAGUGAGGGCGCAAACAUCCUGCACAUAAGUACAAAGCACAUUGCGACUGUGGGUGAUUGCAGUGAAAGGUUAAUUACCUGGGUGGAUUCAGCCUCGCGUAUAUUUACCAUCAGCCAGUGGGCAGUGUUGGCACUGAAAAGUAAGACUCGAGAUUUCGCUUUGCGUUUCGCUACAACUCUUGUCGGUGGAUUGUAUGAGGAGUCGCCAGGGAAAUUUCGACAACUUCGUCGACCAGAAGAAGACGGGUUGCUGUGGAGCUGGUUUGAGUCCUCCGUACUACCUCGUCUAUGCGCUGUUAACACCGCUGUCAACAAUCAGCAAUUUACGUGGCUUAUGGACGGGAAGACCGAUGGCAAGAUUGAGUCGGAUAUCAAGAAGUCUUUCGAUACGGAGAUGAGGCUCGCUACUGAAGGAAGGGUGUUCUUCACUACAAAGGACCACGGUAUGGGUCUUGGACCAGCAUCUAUGAUGCCACAAGAUCAGGUUGAUAUACUACCAGGUGGUACCAGACCGUUUGUUUUGCGGCUGCGUCCAUGGAACAGAGGUAGCCCAACGGUUGAGUGCGAAGUUGUUGGAGACUGCUUCUUUAUGAGAGAUGAGGUGGAACAUAAUGAGGGCGAAGAGGGUUCGCUGCAGGGAUGCCUUCCUGUGGAAAUCCUAGGUGGGCUUCUUUCCAGCAACGUUGUAAGAAAGGAUAUCACCUUGGUUUAA